UCUGCUUGGGUUUCUCCACAAGUCCACGCCCCUGUGGCUGACAGAGGGCUACAUGCCUGCAUGGUCCCGGGCGAGGAUUCAGGAAGGUUAGCGGACAGAGAAGGAGAAGGGGGGCACCGCGCACAUCAAUGAUCCGAAACCUCUUCGCAUGAAAAGCCGAGCCGUCACAUCCUCAACUCCAGCUCUCAUCUAACCGCAAGGUAGGUCACUAAGCACCGCUGCGAUGGAGGAAUAAUAAGAGAGCGUGUUGGUCCGACGUGUAUAAAUAUAGCGUGAGCGUCUCACCAACCGGUUUACACCGCGAUCACCGUUAGUUUACCUGGUAUAUUCAAACAGACGGUCGUCGUGCAUAUAGGUUACGCAUUCGUUUGCGUGCCCGCGCCUCAGAGCCGCGCGUUCACCCUACGUGUCCUCAGAAUCCUAAAACAGGGAACUCAAGCGCCUUAACCGGAUGACUUCUUGAUGGUUCGUGCUGAUCUCAGGAUGAAUCGCAGCUCUUCUGACUGGAUUAACACUUUUUUUUAGGAGCUAGUAACUAAAUUCUAUAAAAGUGCGCCUCAUUAAUAGGUGGGGUUUUUUUCUGCAAUGCGGGUAGUUUUUUUCUUCUUCACCAUAUCCUUAACGAGACAAGACUUUUUGUACGCCAGGGGCUGGGUGUGUUCCAAACAAGUCUGUUUUUGGAUAUCUGGGAUUCAGACAAAUUUCCUGUCAGGAAGGGACAAGGAUAUGGCCCGGUCAGCUCAACUCAAUGGCUGACUCAUCCAGUGCACAGACAGGGUUUUUCCUAAGGACCCAAUACAAACUGCAGGCUUCACACCCUGACCCCAAAGCCUCCUUUCUCUGUGUCAUCUCUUUUAUUUUUUUCCAUGACUCCACCCUGUUAUUAAAACAGUAUAAAAUGGCCAUACAGAUGACAUUUAAGUAACUAUUUUUAACUUUUGCCAUGCAGCCAGAUUAUAAUUUAUUAGCUAUUAGUUUAAGGACUCAGUCUUUUACCCUUAAAGGGGUACAUCACCAAUUUCACAUAUGGUGAUUCAGUUUACUUGUAUCUGUGUGGUCUUGAUACUUUUUAAUAGAAAGCCUGCAUUACAAGCUGGAGAAGUGGGGUUUGUAAGAUCUGGGCAAUUUGGAGGCAUUGAGGAUCUGAACAAAGACACUUUUGUGUUGCAUUGUGGUAAACAUCGUUUUUUUGGGUUGGGGGGCGGGGGGUCUUUACUAUUGAGAAUACAUUGACCUCCUCUGACUGCCCACAACCUUUUAUAAACUCUUUUCAUUAUUAGUAUCACUCCCUUGCAAACAGGCUGCAACCUCCAGGUCUGAAAGUAAAGCCAAAUGUGAAAAAGCCUUAAACCUGCAUUCUCUCUAAUGGCCAUCAGGGGGAGUCUUCCGGCGGUGCAAAGAAGUCUGAUUGUAUAGAAGUCUAUGAGAAAAUGACCCUACUUCUCACUUGAUUUAUUACCUCAGUAAACAUCAUAAACAUGAGUUUACGGUCUCAAUCGCCAGUUUUAAGUCUUCUUUAAUACAGCAUGAUGUUCAUUUUGUAAAUUAUGGUCCAACUUAGAGUAAAACCAUGAAGCAGGCUAUCAUUAAGGUCGUGGCUGCCUUGUAAUUGACAGGUUGCUACCACAGCAUGGUCCAGUCUGGGGGCUGUCCGUGUUUUCGACUUACAAAGUGUUUUCAGCCAUCAUGAUUCCUGUGAUGGAAUUCCGGCAAUUCUCUGAACAGCAGCCAGCGUUCAGAGUCCUGAAACCGUGGUGGGAUGUGUUCACCGACUACCUGUCUGUAGUCAUGCUCAUGAUUGGUGUCUUCGGAUGCACUCUUCAGGUAAUGCAAGAUAAAAUCAUAUGCCUUCCUCUGAGAGUCUCGGUGAACAGAAGUGAAGUGGAAUCGAAGUCACUGUUACACCUGCAAUCCAAUAUUUCAACCGUACCAAGAGAAAUGACAGGUCUAAAAACCGAUCUGGAUCUUCAACAGUACAGUUUCAUCAAUCAGAUGUGUUAUGAGAAGGCUCUGCACUGGUAUGCCAAGUACUUCCCCUAUUUGGUUCUUAUACACACACUCAUUUUCAUGGUGUGUAGCAACUUUUGGUUCAAAUUCCCUGGCUCGAGCUCUAAAAUAGAGCAUUUCAUCUCCAUGCUUGGCAAGUGCUUCGACUCUCCCUGGACCACACGAGCUUUGUCGGAGGUGUCCGGAGAAAAUCCAGAGGAAAAGGAAGAUAAAAAGAGUGCCACUUCUAGGUCUAACAUCGCUUUGUCUCCUGGAGAAGGAAGUCUGGAGAAGACACAGUCGAUCCCGGAGAAGAUCGUAGUGGACAAGCCAUCAGCAAGUGCUCUUGACAAAAAAGAGGGUGAACAAGCCAAAGCCCUUUUUGAAAAGGUGAAGAAGUUCCGUUUGCACGUUGAGGAAGGGGACAUCCUCUAUCUUAUGUACGUUCGGCAGACAGUGUUCAAGGUGUUCAAAUUCCUACUGAUCAUUGCUUAUAAUAGUUCCCUAGUGAAUAAAGUGCAGAAUAGAGUGCAUUGCAAAGUUGAGAUCCAGGACAUGACGGGCUACAAAGAGUUUGAUUGUAACCACACAAUGGCUCAUCUGUUUUCUAAGUUGUCCUACUGUUACCUGUGUUUGGUGGCCGUCUAUGGCUUGACAAGCCUUUACACCUCUUACUGGCUGUUUUACCGCUCACUGAAAGAGUACUCCUUUGAGUAUGUGCGACAGGAAACAGGCAUCAACGACAUCCCAGACGUCAAGAACGACUUUGCUUUCAUGCUGCACAUGAUCGAUCAGUAUGACCCGCUGUAUUCAAAGCGGUUUGCCGUUUUUCUAUCCGAGGUCAGUGAGAACAAACUGAAGCAGCUCAACCUCAACCACGAGUGGACCACGGAGAAAUUGCGUCUGAGACUGCAGACUAACAGCAACAACAGACUUGAACUUCAGCUCUUCAUGCUCCCUGGGUUACCCGACCCUGUCUUCGAGUUGACGGAGCUGCAGUCGCUCAAGCUGGAGAUCAUCAACAAUGUCACCAUCCCUGCCUCCAUCGCGCAGCUGGAAGACCUGCAGGAGCUGUCUCUUUACCAAAGCUCUUUAAAGUUGCACACAACAGCUACCUCCUUCCUCAAAGAGAACCUGAAAGUGCUUCGUGUGAAAUUCGAUGAUAACAGGGAACUUCCACACUGGAUGUAUGGCCUGCGCAACCUAGAGGAGCUCUAUCUCACCGGGUCUCUAUGCCCUGAUGUCUCCAAAAAUAUAGUUCUUGAGUCGCUGCGGGAGAUGAAGUGUCUGAAAACUCUCUCCCUCAAGAGUAAUUUGACAAAGAUACCCCAGUCCAUAGUGGAUGUCUCCAGCCAUCUGCAGCGGCUGUACUUCCACAACGAUGGCUCUAAACUAGUAAUGCUCAACAACCUGAAAAAGAUGACCAACCUGAUCGAGCUGGAGCUGGUACGUUGUGAUCUGGAACGCAUCCCACACGCGAUCUUCAGCCUAACAAAUCUGCAAGAGCUUGACCUGAAAGAGAAUAACCUUCGCUCAAUAGAGGAGAUCAUCAGCUUCCAACAUCUUCGAAAACUCAUUUGCCUCAAACUUUGGUACAAUGGCAUCAUGUAUAUCCCAGAGCACAUCAAGAAGCUUGGCUACCUAGAGCGCCUCUACUUCAGCCACAACAAGAUUGAGAUAUUGCCUUCGCACCUGUUCUUGUGCAACAAGCUGCGCUACCUGGACCUGUCCAACAAUGACAUCCGGUUCAUCCCUCCAGAGAUUGGAGUCCUUCAGAGUCUACAGUAUUUCUCUGUCACCUGUAACAAAAUCGAAAGUCUACCAGAUGAGCUGUUCUUUUGCAAAAAGCUCAAAACGCUAAAGCUUGGCAAGAACUCGCUGUCCAUACUCUCGCCAAAGAUUUCCUACUUAGCUCAACUGACAUACUUGGACCUCAAAUGCAACCACUUUGAGAUUCUGCCACAAGAGCUUGGCUGCUGUCGUGCUUUGAAGCGCAGUGGCCUUAUAGUGGAAGAGACACUAUUCGAAACACUGCCUUCUGAUGUCAGGGACCAAAUGAAGGCUGAGUAAGAUGCCUUAUUGUCGCCACAGUGCCUGCUGUCUACCAAUUCAAAGCAUUCAUUUUGUAUGAAGUCAUUACCAUCUUUACACUACUGUUAAGUUAUUUUUCUUGUUUCCUUGACGGAGGGAAAAUGACUAAUUUAUAUAUUGUCACAUAGAUUGUGGCUGCAACGGGGGUGCUUGUUUUGUUUUUUGACAUAUUAUCCAACCAAAAAUUCUUCUUAAAGGAAUAGUUCUUGCUGAGAGUUAGCUGCUAGCUUAGCACAAAGACCCACCAGCACUUCUGAAGUCAACUAAUUAACACGUCAUAGCUUGUUUGUUUUAUCUGCACAAAAAAGUAAAUGUAAAAAGGACAAGAUGUGGUUUUAUGGGGAGUAACAUGCUGGACUAUGCUUUGGCUUGAUGCAGUUCGUGGAGUCACUUAAUUAGGGAUGGGUGAUACAAAAUACCUUUAAUUAGAUACGAUACUUUUUGUUACAAUUGUAACGAUGCCAAUACCAAUUACCUUAUACCUUAAACUAAUCAUUUCUUAGAUGGGAAUGUGAUUUUUUCAAAAUAAUGGAAAAAUGUAUUACAAAAACAAAUAGGAAGACUACAACGAAAAAUGUUGCUCUAAGUGCAAAAAAUAUAGACCAGUAUUUUACAUAAAUACUAUGAUUAAAUAAUAAUAACUUUCAGGUUAUAUUGUCUUUAAAUGUGCACUAUUAUUGCACAAAUAGUGUAUCUUGCUGUAUUUUUAUCUGCAGGCGAAAAGCAGCACCGCAUCACACUACGUUUCCUUUCUGAAAAAUAAUGCAAAAAUAUUAUCCACAAGUGAUGAAGACAUUUGGAAGUGAUGUAGCCAUCCACGUUUAUAUUUAUUUAUAUAUCUAUACAUCAACAUUUUUUUGAAGGAAUCGACACUAAAUGAGUAGCUUGUAAGUAUCAAAGUAGUAAUAUCACAGUAUCAAGCCGCAGAUUCCCACUCCUAAGUAGUGAGAUUUUUGAGGUGCUGGUAGGAAGAUAUUUUUGAAUCAUUAGACAGAACCAGGCUAGCUACUUCCCUCUGUUUUAAAUAUUUCUGCUUAGCUAGCUGUCCCCUGGCUGUAGCUUCACAUAUAGCCUGCAGACACGAGUGAUAUUGAUCUUCUCAUCUUACUCUCGGCAAGAAAGCGAAUAAGGCUUUUCCCCCAAAUUAUGUUUAAAAGCACAUUUCCUGUCACUGCUACAAUAAAUAGUUUGAUUACUGAAUGUAAAUAUUAUCCAAGACCUCACUGAGGGUGUGUUUAAGGCCAGUAGCCUUAAGUAUGCUGUAUUGUAUAUAUCUACUGUUGCCCUUAUAAAGUCUUUUAUUUUCUUCAGGACACUGUUAGUUCUCAUGGACCGCAGCAGGGGAGAUGCACAAAAAAAGGGUAUAUUUCACAUAAGUAGGCCUUCAUGUAAAAUAUUGGCUGAACAAUUCUGUAUCUGAAAGAUGCUAAUUUAAAGUGCAUUAAACUUAAAGGACUUGUCACACUGGUGUUUUUCUUCAGCUCUUGAAAUGUGCACAAGAAGUGCACCAUUACAAAAACGUUUUAUUAUAAACUGUAUUCUUAUGUUGUUAACCAUUCAAAAUGUAUAUAUUUGUAAGUGUCACAGCUUAGGUUAACAAUUUAAAGAUUUAACAGCACAAAACUCCUAAUAACAUCUAUUUAAUUACUUGAUAUCGGAACGGGGUCACUGCACAUUGCUUGCCCCCAAUUGUGUUGUGGGAUUAGAUGCUACUUGCU